AUGAAUGGAGCAGAGACCACAUACUUCGAUAGUACAGGAUGUCAUCACAAACAUGCUGUCGUGAGGUAUCGGGCCAUCAGUGACCAGAUGUUUGUCUUACCAUGUGAUCUGCUUCCUGAAGAACCUGCCUCAAUAUUUAAUAAUUCUUGCCAUUAUGACAGUUGGGUAGAGUGGCGACUGAUUGAUGGCAAAACCCAAAAGUUCCCCAACCAUAAAACAGUAAAUCCUGUAUGUGGUGGAAACGUUCUUUGGUUUAAUCCAAUAAGGGUUCAAGAUUCAGGAACAUAUACCUGCAUGAAUAGGGAAAAAAACAUAUGUGUCAGUAUUUUCAUAAAUGUUCAAACAAAGAAGAUGGCUAAUUGUUCCGAAAAUUUCAGGAGUGAUCUGCGCUUGAUUGUUGAAAACGGAGAAUCUAUUACUUGUCCUGGGAAAAGUUGUUACAGUCAUUUUCAUACCUCAUCAGUAAAAUGGUACAAGAAUGGAAAACGAGUCCAACGUCAAAAGAACAGACCAGGCUUGAAAUUGAAGCAUGAUAUGAUUUUAUUACAACCUGCCUAUGACCGAGAUAGUGAUAUUUACACAUGUGAUUAUAAGCUGAUAGAUAACAAUACCUGGUGGAAUAUGAGAACGAUAGUAAAGGUGAACGUCACUUCAAAAGAUUCUGACAACCCCCCAGUAGUUCUGGAUCCUGCUGAUGAGAGGAGCCUUGAAGUAGACCUUGGACAACCUCUUGAGCUUAAAUGCCACGUAAAAUUUGGCUUUCAAAGUAAUGCCUCAUCUUUAGUGCGGUGGUACAGACAAACCAAUCAAAUGAAUGAACUGGUUCACGAAAAGAGGUUUUAUCCAAAUGAACGAGGAGGUGAAACCUUCAUCGACACCUUCAGGCUGGAGGAAGUGACUGAAAAGGAUUUACGCACAGUCUUUGUCUGCCUGGCUCAAAACUCUGUUGGGAAAUCUGUGGGGAAAUUCAGUCUCAAGCGGAGAAAGAACACGGUCCUGCUCCUGCUCACUUUAUGUUGUGCCAUUACUACUCUGCUUGGACUGUUUUUGGGAAGUAUACUUGCUUACCAUCACUGGAUUGAAAUAGUGCUGCUGUAUCGGAAUUACCUGGCCAAAGAUGAAACAAUGGGUGAUAACAAAGAAUUUGAUGCGUUUGUGUCCUAUGCAAAACCAGACUUCCUUGAAUCAGAUCAGACGUCACUGAGUGAGGAACAGUUUGCCUUGGAGAUCCUUCCUCAGAUUUUAGAAAACAGAUAUGGAUAUAAGCUGUGCUUCACUGAACGGGACAUCCUUCCAGGAGGAGCAUACACUGAUGACAUUGUAAAUGCUAUCAAAAGGAGCAGACGGACCGUGGUGAUCUUAAGCCCAAGCUACGUUAAUGGACCAGCCACGUUUGAGCUUGAAGCAGCAGUCAAAACAGCUUUGGAAGACACAGCCAUAAAACUUAUUCUAGUUGAGUUCAAGCCUUGCCAGGAGCCAGAAUCUUUACCUUGCAAAGUGAAGAAAGCUCUCAGGAUCUUGCCCAGGAUUUCCUGGAAAAUGUCUACCUCUCCCACUGCCAAUAAGCGUUUCUGGAAAAAACUGCGAUAUCACAUGCCGGUGAAACACAUAAAAGGAGCAGAGGAUAGGAGCCUUCAUACUUUCCUUCCACUAGUUACUUGGCCUGAUAGCAGGAAACCUCCAUAUUAA